UAUUCUUGGGAAGAUGAUAAUAGGUACUGCUAAUUCUACACCCAGUUAACAUUUUGGAAACUAAGAUUGGAAAUUAUGACUUAACUAUAAUUAUGCAUUAAAUCUACAAAACAUCAAAGAAUUUUGCAUUUUGCACUCCUUGCUGAGAUCCAGUUUGAGCAGGAAGAGAAAUUUUACAAUAAUUCUGAAUGAGUGAAGAUAGCAUAGAGUUUCUAAAAGAGUACCUUCCUUAUAGCAAAUACUAAAUAAUUGUGCUCUAUUGAAUUUAAUUAAAUAGAGGAUAGUAAAAGGGAGAAAGAAACAUCCUCUGUCUUGAAACUUCUACAGAUCUGCUCCCAGGGACACAUUGUUUUUUCUUAGCAAAUCUGUUUGGAAGUCUGCUCUACUUUCCCAGAGGUCUCCCUUUCAUGCUGAAGCGAUCUUUUUUCCUUGUAGAAAAUAAAUAAUUAAAUACCUUGCAAUUAUUUACCUAAGAAAGUACUUCUUUCCCAUUUAAAAUACUCUCACCACCCACACUGGACCUUGAUUAUCAGAAUUUUUAAUUUUCAUCCGGGGCAGCUUCAGGAGCACUUUGGCACUUCAGGGCCAAACCACAAUCUGUUUUUACAUAUUUGUGAUUAUGCCCAUUUUGUAGAUCAAGACAUUGAAGCUAGAAAAAAAAAAAGUCAUUUAUUCAGGGUAACAAAGUAGGUGGUAGAGCUAGGCCAGGGACUCUAAUUUCCUUGCAUUAUUGCUUUUCUAAAUUAAAGGGAUACAUGGAAUUAUUCCUCUAUUGCCUUUGCCUUCAAAUAAUUAUCUAUUGCACCCAACAUCCUAUUCUAGAACUCAUCUAUGAAGGCUUAACACAGCUGUACCUAGGAACUCCAUUACAGGGCAUAUGUCUUGCUCUCAUAAGCUACUUCCUAAGGAAUUCUCUUUAAUUAUGGGAUUGUCUCCAGACUCUGAAACCUUUUUUUCCUGGUAACACAAGUGUGAGGUGUCAUUUAUCAGAAUGCAUCACCCCAGUCUUCCCUCUUCAAAUGAUUACUGUGGGCUCCACUCAAGAGCUCGUCCCAGUUGAAUACCACCUUCCUCCUCCAGAGAAGCAAAUAUACUGAUGGUUGUUACUAAUACAUGCUCUUGACUAAGAACCCUUCUUUCUUAAUUAAUUUUGACAACUUUAAGCCCAGUCCCUGACAUAUAGUAGGUACUCAGUUACUCUUUUUCAAAUACAGCUAUGAAUGAUGAUUCUAAUAAAAGUAACUCUUAUUUGUCUACUAGUUUUAUUAUGUUUAUUUAAUUCAUUAGAAAGGCCAUGCAUAUAGUACAAAAUUCAAACAAUACAAAUCAUGGAAUGUGAAAAGUAAGUUACAUGCCCAUCCCAGUUCUUCAUUUCCUUGCCUCACAGGUAACACUUUUCCUGUAUCUCCCCAGAGAUAUUCUAUGUAUAUUUUGUUUUUAACACCAAGCUAUAUUUAAAACAAUUAUUUUUAAUAAUAAUGUUAAUAUUGAAACUGAUAAAGAAAUAUGUGUGUAUUAUCUCACUUCAAGUGUAAAGAAUAGAACAAGAGAGAGCCCAUUUUGAAAAUUAUGGAUAAUGAAUCUAGAAAUAAUCUCAAAAAAUUUCACAGUCAAAAAAAUAGUUCAUUAGACACAUGAGAACUGUCACUUGGUCUCAGUGUAGAGCUAUUGCCUCAACUCCUUUUAUUUUCUUAACGAAAUCAUCUGCUUAUCACAUGAAAUAUGUGCAUAUCAUACCUUGCCAAUCCCACAAUGCCACGUCAGAACCAGAACCUAACUCUAGGACACUACUUUCUCAAGUAUCUUUCUGUCUCUUUCUGGUAAUACAUUGAAUUAAUAUUCACAUCUAGUAUGACUAGUCUUUGAUUUGUAGGGUUGCUGAAGUAGUAGCACCACUGCAGGGCUUUCUUUAAAGAAAGUAAUCAAGUGUCCCCACUGUGUCAUGAACCCUCAGUUGGGUUCUCCAGUCUGAUUUUAAAAAACAAAAUAAAACGCUUCUCUAUCUGAGUCUUACUCCUCUCUACUCAUAAGAGGUAUUCCAAACCUUUACCAUUCUCAAACUUCCUAACCCACCAUCUUAUUUUCACUCUGCAAACAAGCUAACCUCCUCAUUCAUGGAAUGAAGUGCCUCAACUUCCUCCCUGUUCUGACCUUUUCUCCCUCCCAAAUCUAUGUAUCUCUUGUGACAAAAUCUAUAACCACCACUGUACAUUGUGUUCUAUUUCUUCAUUACUUUUGAGGGACCUCGGGUCCUCAAAAAUAUCCUAUCUUACCUGUGUACUUCAUUUUUAUUCUCUUCUGACUUUCCCUUCUCUUCACUUGGCACUUGCCCUUCUAGGUAUGUGUGUGCUCAGGUCUCUUCCACCUUUCAUCUGCCUCACUUCAUGGCAUAGGGCCUUGAACUAUCACAACCAAGCUAUGAAAGAGUAGUCAACACAGUCUCCUCACUUCCUUGCCACCCCUUCUCCUAGUUUUUCUUUUGACUCUCUGAGGAGUCCUUCACAGGCUGUUUUUCACGAAUAAGUCUAAAUAAAUUACUUUCAGUUUUCCUAAAUGUCUAUGCCUUUGCACAUCCUCUUACCUCUGCCUAGAAUAUCUUUCUCCUUUUCCAUCUUUAAACUCACAUCAUUCUUCAAGACUGGGAUCAGCUCUCAGCAUCUAGGAAGUCUUUGCCUACUAGAGACAAAUGAGAAUGAGUUUCGUUCCCUUUUCAUUUUCUUGUAUCAUUCUGCACUUUAUUUUGCUCUUCUAAGAGCAUUACAUGCUUCAUUUAAUCCCUAAACAACUGUUUGAGGCAAGUACAGUUAUUAUCCUAAUCAUGCAAAUGAGAAAACAGAGGCCCAGACAUGUUGAGUAACUGUGUUAAAAGUUAAAGAACCAAUAAGUGAAACAGUUGAGGUUUGAACCGUGGCAGUCUGACUCUAGAGAUAUUACGUUUGACCUACUCCCCCCUACCCCAUGUCUGCCCUUAGCAUCUGAGCUUGCUGAAUGAAUGAACAGGUGGUAGUCUUUUUUUGUUAUAAGACUGAUCAGAAUUAAGACAGGUUUAAAUUUCACAGUAUAGAUUUUCAAAACUGCCAAUGCAUUGCAAAUCUAAAAAAGAAUGGCAUUCUCAGGAAAGAGGAAAAGUAAGUGUGAGAAUAAUAAUAAUAACCAACAAAUUUUAGUAAAUUCUAGUAAAUGUAGUAAAUUUUUACAUUGAAAGCUUUUGGACAUACAUUAUCAUAUUUUAUGGCCACAUGAAAUAUAUUAUAAUCUCAUUUUGCACAUAGGGAAUCUGAGGCUGGCAUAAGGAGCACCGAGAUCCAGGACUGUAUAUUUUCAUUCUUCUAGGGGUUUGCACCUCAGGUCGAUAUGUAUGAGUAAACUGGGAGCGUGAUGGGUUCUUUAAUAGAGAAACUAGGAAAGUUUUCCCACUAUUAUUAACUAUUUACGUAAGAUUUAUAAUAGAUAAUGGACUUCAAUUUCUAGAGCAAAAGGACCCCACCCAAGGAGGCCAUAAUCUUUCCAGAGCUCUACUGCAAGGUCAUGAUGAUGGGCAGCGCCCGCGUGGCGGAGCUGCUGCUGCUUCACGGCGCAGAGCCCAACUGCGCCGACCCCGCCACUCUCACCCGACCCGUGCACGACGCUGCCCGGGAGGGCUUCCUGGACACGCUGGCGGUGCUGCACCGGGCCGGGGCGCAGCUGGACGUACGCGAUGCCUGGGGCCGUCUGCCCGUGGACCUGGCUGAGGAACGGGGCCAUCGCGAUGUCGCACGCUGGCUGGACCAACCCCAGGAUUUCCAAACCCAAUUAUGCGUGGCAUCAUCUGGAGAUCUCUCAGUCUUGGCUCGUCUGCACAACUCAACUAAUCUGACCCUUCGCUUUAUUGCGGUAGAGUUUUCCAGAGCUGCCCCAGGGGAUUCUGGGGGCAACAGGACCAAGACUUCGCUGACCCUGGCAGUCUGUGCACCGGAGUUUGCAGCACUCUGGCAGACAGAGGCCCUCUCCUUUCCCUCUUAAACUUGUGCAAGAGAUCGCUGAGAGAUGAAGAUAGAAUUGUGGUCCACCUUGCCCUUGCCUUUCCUUUUUGCCAUCUCAAAACAUCCUCCCUCCGCCCCCAUUCCAUGACCCCAGUUCCUUACCCCCACAGCUGUCUGCUGAAAGUACCAACAUUACUCAAUUGUUUCUGGAGGAGGAACACUUUUUUAAAAACCAAAAUAGAUCUAUUAAGCAAUACAUGGGAAUUAACACGAAUAUUUAAGGUAAAACAUGACCUUGAAGAUUCUGAAAUCCGUCUUGUUUUGGCCCAGAACGGGGCACUGGGCUCCCUGGGCCACAGGGGAGCCGGAGAGGACGGGGUGGAGAGUUAGCUCUAAGCUCUCUGCUUGGAGAUGCUGUAAAUACAGAACGCAAAAUCACCUUCGAAGUUAAAGACGCAAAGUUCUUCUUUACUCGGCCUCUGCUCCCCACCAAUUCCCUCCAGUUACAGCUACCAUCCGGGUCCCGGUGAAGAAGGAGACUUCGCCUCCAGUUACAACUAGCAAUCUGUCGCGAUUUAGAAGGAAUUGCCAAUUACAGCGCGGUUCCAGGGCUGAAUAAAAAGCCGGAGGAGCCAAGUGGGAGAGGGAGUAAAACUAUCGAAUUGGGCCACAAGCAAAUGAAUAAAUUGAACGACUCUUAACCAAACCGAAGAUAUUUAAUCCAAGCACACAAGUCUUUCAUUUCUUCCUUCCUCCCUUCCUUCUCUUACUCCCCAACACUCCCUCUUCAAGCACAAUUAAUUACAUGGUUAGAUUCUACUGCGUGGUCAGCCCUGUUCUAGGUGGUGGGCACGCCAAGGUGAAUGAGACCAAACAAGAGUCUUGCCCUCAUGGGGUUUACAUUUGGAGACAGGGUCGAUCUGUUGCCCAGCCUGGAGUGCAUGGCUCGAUCACAGCUCACUGCAGCCUCAACCUCCCUGGCUCAAGGGGUUCUCCCACCUCAGUCUCCCGACUAGC